UUGGCGGCGGUGACGGCGAGAGGUGGCCAGGAGCAGUGUGGGCUGAGAGGUAACUCGGGGACUGUGGUUACCGGGUACGGACCGAUAUGGGGCUCCAAUCAGAAGCCUCCUAGGUACGAUACUGAGGGCAGACCGGUAUCGACUGGCGGAGCCAGUUCAACG